UCAGGCUUCUCUCUGGUCAUACGGUGAACGUAGAAUAGGUAUCUUCAUUCCUACGUUUAUCUCGCUAGGGAAAUGGAACAAAUUAUGGUCGGGCAAUAGACCAGCUAGAAAAAGGGCGGCGUGGCUCCUCUCUGCUUAGAGUUCAAAAUAAUUAUAAGAACGAGCGAUAGAUAUACUCGUUAUAAGCGUAUUGCUUAAAUUCCGUAAUGUAAAAAUGACGUAUCCCGGGUUAGUACUUCUUGUUGGAGUUGGAAUUGGGUUAGCAACGUUUCUGUAUUAUGUGUUCAACGAAAAUCGCCAGGAGGAACAGCAUACAUAUUCUAGAAAUGGGGGACCGCCGGAGGAUCGCUACGAAGAUCGCUCUUGGUCAAUAUCGUCGCAUAAGGCUGAAAACACGACAUUCAAUAGAAGGAGUUCAUCAAAUUCUUUAAAAAAUAAAAACGGGAGGGAACCUACAACGAGUAAAGACGAUAUAACCUAUUGUUCAAUCUGCCAAUACGCAUUAAUUGAAUCGGAUGUAAUACAAUUGUAUCCCUGUAAACAUAAUUUUCACAAAGAUUGCAUAAAUAAAUGGAGAAGCUUUGAUCCUGGGGCUUCUUGUCCUAAUUGCAGAAGAGAGAUCAAGCAAGCAAUAUAAACUCGUCACAAACGUACAAUCGGCUUAUAUAGCCAUUGCGUGAUAAAUAUUAAUUAUUACAUGGUUAUUUUAUCUUUAUUAUAAUUUUAUAAUAUUUGUUCAAAAUAACACAUGAAAUAUUAUACAUAUAAUAUUUCUUUUUAUUAGAUAUCUCGAUGACUUAAUCAAGAUAUUUCCAAAAUUCUUAGAUUGUAUAUUUUGCAAGAAGAAAAAGUAUAUAUAAGAAUUUUAUAAAGAUUAUAUAGUCAUGUAUAUAAAUGACUCCUGGUUGUAAGAUUUUUAAUUUAUAAACAAAGCAAGUCAUCAUCCGCCCAAUUUUCGCCCAAAAAACGAGUAGAUCUAAAGCCUUACCAGAUGCAGAAAGCCAACAUUUAGCAACACUAAAGCUUCGUUAAAAAACUAAUGCUCUUAUUCUUAUCUCGCUCGAUGAGUCACUAGAUGAAGAUUUAUGAUAUAGUUCUUCAAAGAUAAAUAAAUCUGUGCUUUGAUUAUGGACAAGUAAUUGGUCCUGAGAAACUUGUAACUUGUUUAUAUGUAUAUAACCGGGAGUUCCUGAUAUCUUAUUCAGAGGUUUCUUUUCUCGUUAAUAUUAUUUCAAAUUUAUACAAAAGCUGAUCAUAUAUUUUAUUUGUCUGUUAUAUAAGGAACAAAGAAUUAUAUAUUAUUUGUCUGUUAUAUAAGGAACAAACAAAACAGGGUAUAAACAGAAACUGGAACACUAUUCUAAUAGUGUCUCUCCGGGAUCAAACCAAGCCGAAAAGUUACUUAAUUGCUUUCUUCUUGUCAAAUAAUUAAAGAUCUUUUUAGGUUAUAAUAUCGCGAUAAUUAUUCGUUGAAGAAGAAAAUGGUAAAGAAUUUUUUGUCUCGGUUUGAUAUCAGGAAUUAGAAUAAUGCUCCAAUUUUUGUUUACAUUCUGUACAUAAAUGCACAAAUAUAUAGUCUAUUAUAUAAGCAAAAGAUUUGUGAUUGCAAGAUCUGAGUACUUUCUAACAAAUAACUAUUAAAGUGUAUUUUUUUUUAUUUUUGUUGCUUUUAAUUUAAUAAAACAACUUUAUUGCAUUAAAAUUAAAUUAAUUCUCAAAUAUUUCUGUUUAACUUGAGGAUUGAUGGUACAAAUUUCAGUUAUGUUUAUUUAAGAAUCAUACCUAGCAAAUGACAUUGCAGUAGUCAGCAGCAUUUUGUGUGUAAGAAAUUAGUUUUAUUUAUCUUUAAUAAAAUUAUAUAUAUUGUACGAAUAUCUAAAA